AUGGAGAUAGAGGAAGAUAUGACUUUGCUAAUGGAGAAUGAUUCUACAACUAUUGGAGAUCUUGAUACUUAUCAUCUUUAUCUAUUCAAGAUACCAUCCCUAAUAAGUGCUAGGAAGAUUUUGACAACUUGUUCAUCAAAUGUUAACAAAAGUGGCCACAAUAUCAAACCUCUUAACAAUGAAGCUAUAGAUAGCUGCUUUGAAGAUCUCAACUCAAGUUUUGAUCACAAUCAUUUAGUUAUUCAAGGCCUAGUAGCUAAACAUUUCAAGCUCUCAAGUAUUCAUGAAUGGGACAUGAAUGCAAUAACAAGUGCUGUCAAAGGGAAAGACAGUUUUAUAGUUCAACCAACUGGCACAGGAAAAUCAAUGUGCUAUGUUAUUCCACCAUUACUUACUAGAAAGUUGGCCAUUGUUAUUUCACUGACAAUAAGUCUCAUGUGUGAUCAAGUACAUAAGAUGGAAAAGCAUGGCGUAUUUGCUACAUUCCUCAGUUCUGCUCAAAAGCACAACAUAUCAAAUAACUUGCAGAAAUACACUCAUGUUUAG